AUGGCGGAUCAAGAAUCGGAGUCGUGGCUGCGCGCCUAUCACGACCCGUACGCGUCACUGUACGCCCUGCCGUCAUGCCUGUGUACUGGAGACCUAUUUUCGGACGGGGACCACCGCCUCCUGGUAGCGGACUUGGGUACCGGAUCGCACGGCUUCAAGCUCAAGGUCUUUCGAGGCGGCAGGCUGCAAUCUGAGCAGACCAUCGUGGACCUGCCCUCGGGCCUGGUGGCCUUCUACAUGGGCAGCUCAGGACCCAGAGCCUCAGCCGUGGCCGUGGCCUCUGGGCCGUGCCUGUACGUCUACAAGAACCUGCGCCCCUUCUACAAGUUCAGUCUCCCCGGCGUCGCGCCCCACGCGGCCGAGAUGGAUGCCUGGGCGGUCAAGGACACCGUGGACGUGGAAGCGCUCAAAGAGGCCCUCGAAGCCGCUAGGUCUCAGGUGGGGCUGCCCAACCUGACGGCACGGUCCCAAAGGUUCCUAAUGCUGGACCCGGAUGAGAGGGAAGCUUUCGUCCAGGCGAACCGGGAUUUUCCGCUCAAAAAGCAGACGGUGGUGACGGCGCUGAGCACGCUCAAGAAGAGUAUGGCCGAAGAGGACUCCCCAAGCUGCCUGCUCCUGGCCACCGAAGACGGACGCGUCUACGUGUUGGAGCCGGACGCCUUUACCAUCCUCGCCGCGGUCCAGGUGGCCAGUGCACCGACGUUCUUGGACGGCCAGGGCCUCUUUGACGUGGACUACCAUGUGGCGGUCGCCUGCAGGGACGCCAGGCUCUACAUCAUCAAGAGGGGCCACAAGGCGGCCAAACUUCUGGCAGAGCCUGGCGCUGCCGCCGUUGGGCUAUGUCACCUGGAAGGCCAGCUGGUCGUUGCGUGCACCGACGACGUCCUCAGGGCUUACUCCAUUAAGGAUGUGGGGGCUGUCGACGUGCCGCAGGGCCAACGACUGUGGAGCGUGCCGCUGUCCGGGCAGCCUCUGUGCGUGUCGCCCGUGUGCCGUCCCGGCGUGUCCCUGCUGGCCGUGGCCCUCCGCGGGCGGACCGUGGCCCUGCACCGAAGCGGCGACGGGGCGGCCGUCGACUCCCUGGACACGGACGACGACGUGUCCGCCAUGCGCUUCGGCCGCCUCGGCAGAGAGGAGAACGCCCUGGUGCUCGUGGGCACAGGCGGCGGCCUGACGGUGCUGAUCCUCAAGCGCGGCGCCCAACUUCAGAAGGAACCCGUGGCCACGCCGACUCCUGGUCCAGCCAAGUGGAGUCUGCCCAAAAAGACCAAGCUCUUCGUGGACCAGACCAUGCGGGAACGGGAGCACUCAGUCGCGAUGCACCGGAGCUUCCAGCGGGACCUGCAGCGUCUGCGGGUCACGGCGGCGCGCCACUACGCCAGGGCUCUGGGUUCCAAUCUGCAGCCCGUGAGCGCGCCGAACCAGGGGCACAGCCUGGAGCUCUCCGCACAGGUACAGGGGCUGGGACCCGAGUACCUGCUUCACUUGCGGCUUCAGAACAGCCGGUCGGGUCCGGUUCCGACGGACUUGUCCGUGGUCAUCCACAGCGACCCCAGCUUGUACAAGGUGGCUAGGCCUAUUCUGCGCGCAAAUUGCGAAGAUUACAAAUUCGGACAUACAUUUUUUUGUGUUGCUAAAUCUCGCCUGAACUUUUAA